GUACAAUUUUUGUUAGUCACCUUAUGAAAAAGUAUUACUUUUGUCAUAAGGUAACUAGGAUUCCCCUAAUCAGUUGGAUUAGCCUUUCUGAAUCAUUAUAAAUAGUGGGAAGCAGAACCACCCUGAGCAAAAGCCUUUGGAAUAGAUAGUGGGAAGCAGAACCACCCAGAGCCACCGUACCUAAAAUUCCAAAUAUAUAGCCAUGGACGAUUGCUGUGCAGUGUGUGCCGACACCCUGGAAUGGGUUGCUUAUGGGGCCUGUGGCCAUAAGGAGGUCUGCUCCACCUGCGUGGCUCGCCUCCGUUUCAUCUGCGAGGACCGCCGUUGCUGCAUCUGCAAGACCGAGUCCAACGUCGUUUUUGUCACCAAGGCUCUAGGAGACUAUACCAAGAUGGUUAGAGACUUGCCAUCUAAAGCAAGGGAGGGUCGCUGUGGAUCAUAUUGGUACCAUGAGGACACACAAGCAUUUUUCGACGAUGCGGAUCACUACAAGAUGAUCAAGGCAGUGUGCAAUCUUUCAUGCAGUGAAUGUGACAAGAUGGAGGAGAAAUCAACGAUUAGGUUUCGGAACAUUGAACAGCUCAAGUUGCACUUGUUCCACCAGCAUAGGUUGUAUAUGUGUCCUCUAUGUUUGGAAGGGAGGAAGGUGUUUGUAUGUGAACAAAAGCUUUAUACUAAAGCCCAGUUGAAACGGCAUACAAGUACAGGGGACUCUGUAGUUGAUGGAAGUGAAAGCGAAAGAGGUGGCUUCAAGGGACAUCCUAUGUGUAAGUUUUGCAAAAUUGGAUUCUACGGCGAGAAUGAACUGUAUGCUCACAUGACUACUGGUCACUAUAAGUGUCAUUUAUGUUGCGAUUCUGGAGAACAGUAUGAAUAUUAUAAGAAUUAUCAUGACCUCGAGUUGCACUUCAGCCGAGGCCAUUUUCUAUGUGAAGAUGAGUCCUGCCUUGAGAAAAAGUUUGUGGUGUUCCGAUCUGAGGCAGAAUUGAAGAAGCACAGUACUAUGGAACAUGGGGGGCGUAUGUCUCGCUCCAAGCGUAAUGCUGCUCUCCAAUUACCAACUAGCUUCCGAUAUGGACCAAGUAAUGACCAAGAUAGUAGACGUGGAAGAAGAGGUCUGCCAUUUCGCGGCGAUUCUUCUAAUGAUCAAGCAAGCAGUUUGGAGACACCUAAUGCUGAUGAUAGAACAUUGCAUGAUCCUUCAUCAUCCAUUAGGCAAGCUGGUAGUUUGGAAUUACUUGGAGAUACAAGUGACAUUGAUCCAAUCAUUAAGCCAUUUGAGUCCUUAAGUCGACCUUCAAGUGAUACAGAAGCAUCUUCAAGGUACCUGCGAGUAGCCUUGGGGAAAAACAGUGGGAAAGCGAAAGCGCAAUUGGAGGACUCUUCCUUAUUUCCUCCCCUUGCACCUGGCAGCAGCAGCAGUCAACUGACUCCCAAACAUGAAUCCGAUCAUGGUUUGCCUAACAACAAUACCAUGGCAGCACAUCUCCGCAGGCAAAACAACCGGAAGAUGGCUGUUGAGUGUCCUGAUAUUAGGCCUGCUGUUAUUAGUUCUAGUGAGGCUUGGCCAGCAGCGGGGCGUGUAGCACCACCUGCUAGUUCAUCUCAGAUGCCGUGGCCUAAAACUAAUGUUCCAGGGAUUGUCUCAGCAGUUACUAAACCUGCUGUUAGUUCUAGUCAGGCUUGGCCAGCAGCUGGGCGUGUAGCUCCACCUACUAAUUCAUCUCAGAUGGCAUGGCCUAAAGCAAAUGUGAGUGCAGCACCACCUACUAGUUCAUCUCAGAAGCUGUUGUCUAAAACUAAUAGUCAGAACAAGGCGUGGCCGAAGGUUUCAGGUUGUGGUCAGAACAAGACGGCCUUUGGUAAGGGAGCAGGACAUUCCAGCUAUGCAAGCACUCUGCAGGCUCAAGUUGAGAACCGAGAGACAUCAACAGAAGUGCACAAGUGCGUGAGUUUGGAUUCCAGCUUGGAUUUCCCUCCAGUUUCAGCAGCACAAGUAGUGCAAAAGUUGCCCCAACAAACUAGUGAGCCUUUAUUGAAAGUGGGGGAUUUUCAAGCUGCUAAUAAGGCCUUGGUGGAAAAUAUUCGCGCUGCUGUUGACUUCAAUGAAGACAAAUACACUGCGUUUAAGGACAUAUCUGUACAGUAUAGUCAGGGAUUGGUGGACAUAAACAUGUAUUUUAAUUUUGUGAGGCAGUUUGGGUUGUUACAUCUUGUCCUUGACUUGGCUAGACUGUGCCCCAAUGCUGAGAAGCAGCAAGAGCUAAUUGAUGCCUACGAUAACAGUAUGAGAAGCAAUGGUGCAGAAGAGGAUGAUGGAUGGUCUCAGGUCAAGGUCCGAUUGAAAGAUUUGAAGAAAGGGAAAGGGAAGAGUUCUAAGAAUGGCUCUACUGCAGCACCAGUUUUAGAUCUCAGGUCAAGGUCCGAUUGAAAGAUUUGAAGAAAGGUAAAGGGAAGAGUUCUAAGAAUGGCUCUACUGCAGCACCAGUUUUGGAUCUCAGUAAUUCAGCCAGAGGAUUGCCCGUCCAGGGUGUUUGGCGAAAUAAAGGCAGCCAUAAACUUUUUGGUUAGAUAAUAAUUGUACAGUUGAAGCUCAGACAAUUGUACUGGCAUUUGGUUUAUGUAAUUUUCCUUUUUGCGUAUCUCAUAUCCUGUCCUUCUGCAUAGUUGCACUAAGUUCACAAAGCUUACACA